AUGGAUGAACCUGAAAGUAUUAGGCAUAAAGAGGUCAAUACUGAAAUUGAUGAUCAAUUUGCUCCAGAUGGAAAGGAUGAUGUUGUUAAUGUGAAAGAAGGGUUAGCUUCCCAAACAUAUGAUAGUUUACGAAUGCUUACUAAGGAAGAUGUGUUCCAAAUGAAAUUCAAUUCAGAGGAUGAUGCUUAUACUUUCUACAAUGCAUACACUAAGGUCAUCGGUUUUAGCGUACGAAAAAGUAGAAAAAGAAUUACUGGAGACAACAAAUUUGUAGAGAGUAGGAAAUGGGUUUGUUCAAGGGAAGGUGUAAGAGAAAAGAAAUACUUGCAACGUGUGGAACGGUCAGGGGGUUAUGAGAAGGUGGGGUUCAUUCACAGAGAUUUGCACAAUCAAUUCCAAGCUGAGCGCAAAGUACAACUCGCAGAAGGGGAUGCAGAGUGUGCGUUAGGAUACUUAUCAGCUAAAUUAGAUGCAGAUCCAUUAUUUUUUUUCAAAUACAUCGUCGAUAAGAACAACCGGUUGGACAAGAUUUUCUGGGCAGAUUGUAGGUCUCCAAUGGAUUAUGCUGCAUUUGGUGAUGUAUUGGUAUUUGAUACAACUUAUCGUACAAAUGCAUAUAAGAAGCCAUUUGUAAUUCUAGCUGGCGUGAGUAACCAUUUCAUGACAACUAUAUUCGGAUGUGCUUUGUUGCCUGAUGAGACAAUGGAUAUAGCGAUCCCGGGUUUGUUACAGGGCGUUACAAUGGAGACAUACAUGUGGGUGUUGGAAAUGUUAAUGGAGGCCAUGGAUGGUAAAAGACCCAUCUCCGUUGUAACAGAUGGUGAUAGGGCAAUGCGUCAGGCAAUCAAAAGAGUUAUUCCAAACUGCAGACAUCGUUUAUGUUCUUGGCAUCUGGAGAAAAAUGCCUCAACAAAUGUCCACAUACUAGAAUUUACAACUGAUUUUGCACAAUUGAUGUUAAAGAAAUGUAAAAUUGAUGAGUUUGACAAUGCCUGGGCUGCUAUGGUGAAACAGUACAAGUUGGAGAACAAUAACUGGGUGUUGGAUAUUCAUCUGAAGCGUGAUAAUUGGGCUGAGGCAUAA